CUCGCUCGCUACGAUAACCUCCUCGCGAGCCUGUCUUCCCGGCGCGGCGGUACCACACUCAUCCCUCUACCCCGACAUUAACCUUUAUCCUUACGUCAUCGUGAGGUGAUUACUAAUCACGCUAUCGCACUGCUAUCAAAAGUCCAAAGUCCAAAGUGUUUUAUUUGAAAAGCAGUCUCAAAGUUGCCGCUGGUGUGUGUGUAUUUUCCACCUCGCCGACCACUCUCACGAUGCUCGCCUCGCUGCUAGUGCUGUCGCUGGCGCUGCUGGUGCCUGCGCACGCCGACCGCUACCACCCGGAGCGCGCCGCCACCGUCACCGCCGCCGUCGCCGCCACCGCCGCCAUGCCGGACGAGGCCGAGCGCAGCGCCGACUACUGGUACUCGGAGGCGUUCGCCGCCGUCGACGAGCGGUUGUCGAAUCACAUUUACGACGACGUGGCUAAGAACGUGGUGAUGUUCCUGGGUGACGGGCUCUCGGUGGCGACACUGGCGCCGGCGCGCACGUUGCGCGGCCAGCUCGCCGGCCGCACCGGUGAGGAGGAGCGCCUGGCUUUCGAGCGCUUUCCUGUUACUGGACUCGCCAAGACCUACUGCCUCGACGCGCAAAUCCCCGACUCGGCAUGCACGGCGACGGCUUACCUGUGCGGCGCGAAGGGGAACCGCGGCACGCUCGGCGUGAGCGGCGCCGUGCCGCGCUGGGACUGCCCCGCCUCCGCGGACCCCGCCGCGCAUCUCGAGUCCAUCGCCAUAUCAUCGACAUUAGAUUCACUAAUGGCUCAAUGACAAUGAGAUUUAACCUAUAAAUAAAUUACCUACUGUGAAUAAAUAAAGUUGAAAUUUUGCAAUCGGUUUCGAUAUCUCGCUGUCUGGAUUCAGGUAUCGUAACAUCAGCGCGCGUCACGCACGCGUCCCCGGCCGGCGCGUACGCGCGCA